AUGUGUUGUUGUUCUCAACCACGUCCGCGUAUCGCCGUUAAAUCUCAAUCAUGAAACUCCGUGGCGAUGCUCACUCACAUCUCAUAGCAGAUAUUCCCACGGUCUCAAUAAGCAUAUUUCGCAUAUCAUGUCUGCGAAGAUGGAAGAAUCAGCGCCAGCCCCCACUCCAACAAUAACCAAAACGAAGAAGACACCGACGAAAAAGGCAAAACCUGCAGUAACUGGCUCGCCAACCAACAAGAAGAAAAAGAAGAGCAAGAAGACGCCUGGCAAGUACAGCCAGCUCGUCAUUAAUGCGAUCCAAACCCUGGGUGAGAAAAACGGCUCGUCUCUUUUUAAGAUCUACAAAGAAGCGAAAAAAGAAAGCUGGUUUGAUCAGCAGAACGGCCGCAUGUAUCUGCGCUACUCCAUCCGCGCUCUCCUGCUCAACGACACGCUCGUGCAGGUGAAAGGACUGGGAGCUAACGGCUCUUUCAAGCUCAAUAAGAUGAAAUUUGAGAAAAAGACAAAGAAAAGUGCCGCCAAGCCAACCAAGUCAGAGAAGUCUGUCCAACCCGCGCCCAAAAAAGCAGAGGCUAAGAAAGGGGGUGCAAAGAAGAGCACGAAAAAGAGCUCCGGCGGUAAAAAGAAAACAACCCCCGCUGCCACAGAGAAGCCGAGUGUGAAGAAGACGUCCACCAAACCGAAGAAAGCAGCUGCCAAAAAACCUAAAGUCGCGGCUAAGAAAGCAACCAAGGCAAAGAAGUCAAAAUAGACUGAAAUAGCGGAAUCGUUUAUGUAAAUAUGAGAAUUGAGUGAUGUAAGGGGAACAAUUUGCCAUUUUUUAUUUUAUUUUUGGAAAUUUGGUUUUGUUUUCUGUUUGGGGUUUGUUGUAAAACUUCUAGAAAUGGCUUUAUAGAGACACACCCACUUAUGUUUCUGCGCUGCAAUACGUCAUGCUUUUUUGAAAUGCGAUUGCUGUUGAUGUAAAUUAGUACGCUGAAUAGUUGAGUUUUAACAAGAGUUUUGACAUGUUGUUUAGAAGAUGAAGAAAAUGGGAACACUUUGUAAAUUUAAGUUUAUACAUGUUUUUCUUUUAUUGCAACAACUGUUCUGUUUUUGCAACCUUCUGUGCAACCUUUUAUUGAUGGAUGUUAAAAAGAGAUGCCUUUUGUUUGGUAAGACAAUAAACUUUUGAUAUAUAAAAUC